CUGACCUUCAUCAUUUAUCAUACCCUUAUGGGAUCAGGACUGGGUGUAUUUUUCCACGGAGAAGGGUGGGGCUGACCACAUUGCCCUGUGGGUUCAGGCUCUUACAUUUUCAGGCGAUGUUCGGCUGCGAGGUCAGGGCAGACAGGCACCUCCUCCGCAUAUAUAGUCAGCAUUCCUACAAUGGGACCGACUGCUUCACCCUGAACGAGAAUACACUCACGUGGACCAUGGUGGACACCAUGACUCACAUCUCACGGCCCAAGUGGGAUGCACAGCAGUGCACCUUCUACCUGAACAACGAAUGUGUGGAGUGGCUGCGCAGAUUCCUGGAGAUGGGGAAGGAGGAGCUGCAGCGCACAGACCCACCCACAGCACAAUUGAGCUAUCACCAAGUCUCUGACCAGAAGGUCACCCUGAGGUGAUGGGUCCUCGGCUUCUA